AUGGGUUAUCUUCAAUUUGGAAGACAUUGCGUUAGGCAGAUUAUUAGAAGUAAAGAUGCUGUUAACGAUAGUGUUGUGGUGAAUCCACUCUUGUAUGCAUCUCAAGGUCUUCGAUACAACAGGAAGCUCCAAGUCAUUCUUACAACUGAUAUAGAUAAGCUCGGAAAGGCUGGUGAAACUGUCAAAGUUGCCCCGGGAUAUUUUCGCAACCACCUAAUGCCCAAGCUCCUUGCUGUUCCUAACAUUGAUAAGUUUGCUUAUCUCCUCACUGAGCAGCGCAAGAUUUAUCAACCUACUGAAGAAGUGAAACACGAGGAUGUUGUUCUUGUUAGCGAGACGAAGGAAGAUCUGAUGAAAGAGUAUGAAAAGGCGGCACAGAUCCUUGAUAAAGCUAAGCUGGUUUUGCGGAGGUUAAUUGAUGUUCAAAAAGCAAAGUCGCGUGAAUCAAAAGAAGACCCCUUGGAGUUACGUAUACCAGUGUCAAAAAAAGCUCUUGUGGCUGAGGUGGCAAGACAACUCUGUGUGAACAUCACACCUGAAAAUCUGCAUCUUCCAUCACCUUUGUCGACCAUUGGAGAAUAUGAGGUGCCACUACGAUUACCAAGGUCCAUCCCUUUGCCAGAGGGCAAGCUUAACUGGACUUUGAAAGUAAAAGUCCGAAGUAAAUAA